CAUAGCAAUCACAUAUCAUAUACAGAUCAAUCAGAAUGGCGGCGGCCGGCGGCAGCAGCAAGAGGACGUGGGUGGUGGACGUGGAGAAGAAGCUCAAGGAAGCCGGCAAUUCGUCCGCGUCGCGGUGGGAGCGCCACUGCAUCUACCGUGUGCCGCCCUGCAUGACCAACAUCAAGAGCAAGGCGUACCAACCGCAGGUGGUGUCGCUGGGCCCAUUCCACCACGGCGACCUCGACCUGCGGCCCAUGGAGGAGCACAAGUGCCGGGCACUGCGGCAGCUGCUCCAGCGCGCGGAGCGGACCUUCGACGAGCUCGUCGACGGCGUGGAGGACGUCGCGGAGCAGCUCGAGGGCGCGUACAUGGACCUCGACAGCGAGUGGCGCGCCGAUGGCGGGGGCAGGGAGCGGUUCCUGGCCAUGAUGAUCUUCGACGGCUGCUUCCUGCCGGGAGGGGUGGGCUUCGACGGCUGCUUCCUGCUGGAGGUGAUGAGGUGCACGGCCGCAGACGGGAAGCAGGUCGGCGACUACGCGCAUAACGACCCGAUCUUCAGCCCCCACGGGAUACUCUACAUGGUGCCCUACAUCCGGCGAGACGUGCUCAUGCUCGAGAACCAGCUACCGCUGCUCCUGCUCCAGAAGCUCGUCGGGGUUGAGAGUGGAAAGCCUCCGAACGACGACUUCAUCAACCGGAUGGUGCUGAAAUUUCUGGCCCAAUCUUCCGGCCCGCUACCACCAGGCAUCGGCCUAGGGCUCCACCCACUAGAUGUCUUUCGCCGGAGCAUGCUCGCUACUAAAUGUCAUAAAAUCCGGAACCUUCAAGAAACGGAGGAGGACAACGCCAUCAUCCGGUCAGCAGUGGAGCUCUACGAAGCUGGAAUCCAGUUCAAGCCGAGCAAGACGUUGAGCCUGCACGACAUCCGGUUUCAGGGCGGCACACUGAGCAUGCCGACGGUGUCAGUGGACGACUCCACCGAGUACAUGUUCCUCAACAUGAUGGCGUUUGAGCGGCUGCACGCCGGCGCCGGUAACGACGUGACCGGCUACGUCUUCUUCAUGGACAACAUUAUCGACUCGGCCAAGGAUGUGGCGCUGCUGAGCUCCAAGGGGAUCAUCCAGAACGCCAUCGGCAGCGACCAGGCCGUGGCCAAGCUGUUCAACACUAUCUCCAGGGACGUGGUGCUUGAGCCCAACAGCGCUCUCGACGCCGUGCAGCGGCAGGUGAACGGCUACUUCCGGCAGCCAUGGAACAUUUGGCGCGCCAACCUCAUCCACACAUAUUUCAGGAGCCCCUGGGCGUUCCUCUCCCUCGCCGCGGCCCGCUUCCUCCUCGGCAUGACCGUUAUGCAGACCGUCUACACCGUGCUGCAGUUCUACGGGAACGACAGCAACGGCCUGCCCCCGUCGGCCACUUCUCCUGCUACACCGGCGCAAGCAUUGGGUGAAUCAAAUUCACCAAAGGUUGAAGGAGCUCAUCCAUCCAGUGAGAGCAUUGCAGCUUCCCACAUGCCAUUUAUUAAUCCAUUUGUUUUAAUUGCAUCAGAUACUCCAUCCUUCAAUUGUAUUGCCAGUGUCACUUACACAUAUACUAGAGAAGGAGCCGCUGCUGAUGAUGAGGGCUGCGGCAAGCUGUUCUUUGCUGAAGUGUUGUAUAGGAUCCCGUCGUCGGACCUGUUGGCCAGCGUAUGCAUGCUUGAACCUGCUGAUGAUAAUGAUAAUGCUUCUUACUGCUAUGGCUGUAAAAGGCAUGGAAGUGGUGACCUGAAGCACCCUGCAGAUCAUACCGAUUUCAUUGGGGGGGGGGGGCAGAUGACAGAUCGUCGUGAAUACUUUGACGACGAGGACACCGCUGAGAAGGCCAGGUUAAGGCGGCGGCUUGAGGGCUUUGAUGUUGUAUACAAUGGGAAUCAGCAAAUGGUGAGACUUGCCAGGAAGCACCAAGGGGAUGAUGCUUCACACGAGACAAAGCGAAUGAGGACACUUACCAUGGAACACCAAGGGAAUGGCACUUGA